GGCCGGAGCGGACGGGGAGCCAAACGGGCGUUGGUGGGGCUCUCUGAUUCCGAAAUGCGGAGCUUCGGCGGGGCCCCGAUGGUCGGGCAUCUCAGACUUCAACACCAACGAGUACGACAUUGACAGGGCCCCCGCUCGUAUGGUCGGUCGGACGGUUUCCCUCGGCGGUGACUCAACGUUCAGUCUGACAUGCAUAGAGGCCAUAAAAGUCCUUUGUCGCGCCCGUGAAGAAAGCACGCCGGUGGUGUGCUUGGACACUCCCACUCACCCGCCUGCCCCUCAUCGACUUCGGAUGCCACUGGUGGUCACUGGUCCGACUUCGAAACAGAGAUAACCCCCCAAGCAAGAACUCAACCACAAUGGCCUCGUCCAAGGCCGCCGCCAUCUCGGCGCUGGUCGACGAGCACCGGCCAGACCUGGCCCCGCUCGAGGAGCUCUACAGGUACUACCACGCCCACCCGGAGCUCAGCAACCGCGAGCAGGCCACGGCGGCGCACAUUGCCGACCAGCUGCGCCGCAUCUCGCCCGACUUUGUCAUCAAGACGGGCAUCGGCGGCCACGGGCUCGCCGCCAUCCUCGACAACAACAACAACAACAACACCAGCAGCGGGACGGCGGGAGGAGGAGGAGGAUCCGGCAAGACGGUGCUCCUCCGCGCUGACAUUGACGCCUUACCCGUGCUCGAGAAGACGGGCCUGGCCUACGCGAGCACCCAGCGCAUGCAGGCCGCACUGCACCCCGGCGCGGAGCCCUCGGGCGACGAGAAACCCGUGAUGCACGCCUGCGGGCACGACAUGCACAUCACCACACUCCUCGGCGCCGCGGCCCUGCUGGUAUCGUGCCGGGACCACUGGAAGGGGUCCACGUUGGUGCUGGCGUUCCAGCCCGCCGAGGAGCGCGGCACGGGCGCCCAGGCCAUGGUCGACGACGGGCUGUACGCUCCCACCGGUAGACACGGUGUCCCCGUCCCGGACGUGGUGCUCGGGGCUCACGUGGUGGCGCGCCGGGCGGGCAGCGUGGGAACCCGCCGGGGCCUGAUCGCCACGUCGGCAGACAGCCUGCGGCUCACGCUGCACGGGCGCGGGGCGCACGCGUCGAUGCCGCACCGCAGCGUCGACCCGGUCGUCAUGGCGGCCAGCACCAUCAUGCGCCUGCAGACGAUUGUGUCGCGCGAGGUCGACAGCGCCGAGGGGGGAACCGUGGUGACGGUCGCCAGCGUCCACGCGGGAGACGCCGAGAACAUCAUUGCCGACCGGGCGGACCUGGCCAUCGACGUGCGCGCCACGAGCCAGCGGACGCGGGACCGCGUGCUGGGGAGGGUGAAAGCCAUCGUCAAGGCCGAGAGCGAGGCGAGCAUGGCGACCAGGGAGCCCGAGUGGCUCACCACGCGGGCGUUCCCGCUGACCAUCAACGACGCCGGCGUCACCGGCGAGCUGGAGGAGACGUUUGCGCGGCACUUUGGCGAGGGCAAGGGCCAGUACGACAGGGACGUGGCCCGUUUCGCGGCCAGCGAGGACUUUAGCAUCCUCGCCUCGGCCGUCGGCCGGCCGUACAGCUUCUUCAUGUACGGCGCCACGGACCCGGAGCUGUGGGACAAGGCCGAGGCCGAGGGCACGAUCGACGAGACGAUCCCCGGGAACCACUCGGCCUACUUUGCGCCGGUCAUCAGCCCGACGCUCAAGGCCGGGCUGGAUGGGUAUGCUGCUGGUGCCUUGACCUUCUUGAUGGCAUGAGGUGGAACUCUACGCCGUGUGGAAGUGUGUGUGUAUGUGGGGAAAGGCGGGAGGUCAUCACCUUGUGUAUACUUUCGAAAGAAAAGAGUUUCUGUACUCGGACCAAGCAAAGCAGAAACUAAUAGUGAUACCAAGACUACCCCGAGCCAUUUUCUCAGUCAGUUGGUCGCAUUAAUCAUACCGAGAGACCGCAAUAUAAGAGUGGCACGCGCGAGACCUCUGCUCAUAACCACGUCAUGCAGGUCAUCCGGCAGUCUCCCCUCUAGCAUCUUGCAUUGCUUUUCUGGAAAGACAAAAAGUAAUGAGCUGCCUUCUUGGGUCUCUGCAACAUCCCCGCUUUCUGGCUAUUCCUGCAUAUCGACAUCGUUCCGUCAAAAGUUUACACAUUCGCAGCAUUUUCUGAAGGAUGAUGAGCUCUCAAUCUCACUCUGUGAGUGCUCCAAACUAGCAGACCUGGGCCACACUCACUGCCUGAGC